AUGCGCCCGCCGCGGCGGCGCCUGCCCGCCUGGGCCGCCGCGGUGGCGCUGGGCUGCGCGCGGCAGUGCGCCGCGGGCGCCGCGCCGGCGACCGCCGUUCGAGCAGAGCUCGCCGUGCCCCCCAGGCUCGCGAUGGAGUUCCAGAUAAGAGGCCACGUUGCGACCAGGGGCCUCCUGGCGCCCGGGGAGUUCGCUGCCGCGGCGGGGCCCUUGUGGGACAUCGCGGAGGAGGAGCGGCUAGCCGCGGAGUCCCGCAAGGCGGAGGCCAUGCGGUCCACGGGCGAGCGGGUCUCGGUGCCUUCGGCGCUGCCCUUCGUUCAGGUGCACAAUCCGUCGCAGAGGCACAGCGCGGCUCGGAGGCUGGCGCUCUCGCCGGCGCUCCUGGGGGCCGCCGCCGCGCUGCUGGGCGUGGCCGGGGUGCGACUCUACCAGGACUCGCUCUUCUGGAAGCGCCCCGGCAACGGCAUCACCGCCUGGCAUGCCGACCUCUGGACGGUCCCGCUGGACACGAACAAGUUCAUGGAGGAGGCUGACGCCGCUAUUAGACCUGGGCCGGAGGCUCCCCGCUCUUCUACCAGUCGGGCACCCACUGCCCCGACUUCGGCAGCGGCGAGCCGGCUGCUGUGGCGGACCCCGGCCAAGCAGGAGAGAGCCACGCACCCCUGGAGGAGGGCGACGCCACCUGGCACCACGGCUGGACCCUGCACGGCGCGCCGCCGCUGGAGGCCGGAGGGGGCGCCCGAUUGGCGUACACGGCCUCCUACUACUCCGACGAGGCGCCCGUGCUGGGAUGCGCGCUGGAGGAGCUCACGGCGCGCCGCCGAGGGCACUCCUGGCUGGAGGUGGACUCUGCAUCGGCACCGGCAGGACGGCGGUGAUGCUGGCAGCAGCCGCAAAGGAGCUGUUUUCCUGUACAGUUUUCAGCUGGCACGUUGCCGUGCCUACCAAAAACAACAUUUUCUUUGUGAGUCAUGCCAGACGCGCGCACCUCCAUCGAUGCGCCGUGCAGCAGCCAAGCAUAGUACCAUAUAUGUCCGAACAUGUGCGUGA